AUUGUGCGAUAUAUUUAAUGAUGAAUUUGUCUCUAUUCAACAUUUUUCACAAUUCUUAGUAGCUUUGCAGAAAAUGGGCAACACUGUUUAUUAAUACGGUGAUGAGAAAACCAAAAAGGAUUUGUGCGAGGACCAAAAGCCCUCUAUUGAAUCUAAAGAAAAGGAAAACAAAAGACAUUUUAUGUGAUAUUUUGUUAAAUGUGUUUGUAUGUGAGCAUGGCAUAAUAAUAGUCACCAGAUAUUAUAAUUUAAAGAAAGGUAUUUAAAUAUGGGAUGCAUUAAUAGUACAAAAAAACUUCAUACAUGCAAGAAAGGCAAUGUAUUUUAUGUCAGUGUAGUGCGGCUGCAACCAGAUUUACCAACAAUGUCUAGAUGUGGAAUUUUGGAAUUAAGUCCGAAUGAGUUCAUGUUUACGGCAUCGGGCAAGGAGCCGAUUGUUUGGACUUGGAAGCAUGUUCGUAGAUAUGGAUUAAAUGGGAACAUAUUCAGCUUCGAAGCUGGGCGCCGAUCCGCAACGGGUUCGCGGAUAUAUACCUUUCGAUGUUGUAAAGCGGAUUUGUUAUAUCAAAAGUUUCAAAGAUACGUAAACACAAUGUCUGUAAGCACGGAUCGGGACAGGCGACAUGAUGCGAUAAUAAGUGUUCAAAAUACCCUGGAACGAAAUGAAAUUAAUACAAAUCCUAACAAUUAUUUGGAAUCGGAAACAGUACAAGGUAUUUGCGGUCGUCGACUAGAAAUGCAGAAUCAAAGUCCUUUCAACACUGCUCCGCUUCGUGUAGAAAGCGGUUCGUUAGACCCUGUCCAGAGAUUGUCUUCGGUAACAGAAUUUGUUCACUUUCCAUAUACGCCGUCAUAUUCAAAUGUGAACCCCAGCAAUAUUUAUAUGGAACAACCUUCAAGGAAAAAUCAGGAGUUUAAUAAUAACUUGGCUGGUACCUUGGAGGACAGCAGUGUGCAGACGCCGGUAGCAAACAAGUCUAGACUGAAACAUUUCAAUAUUUCAGGGAGAUGCGAAGCGGCAUCAAUAUCAACGACAAACGAAGCACAACGUUUGUAUGCAAAUGUUGAUACUCUAAGACCAACUUUGAACAGCACGGACCAAAAAGAAGUUACUGCUCUUUAUAAUUCAACCGAGCAUUGUUAUGAAAACCUUGAGCACAGCGAUAUUCCACAUUUAUUGCAUACUGAUCUAUCGCAUGGAGAUUCGUUAACGGAAAGCCCCGACCCAAACAAUAAAUCUAUCAAUUAUAUUGUCUUAGACUUAGAUAAUCCCCAAAGUCCGUCUCAGUGCUCUAACGCUUCCGUUGGCAAUGGACAAUCUCUAAGUCUACGUGAAAAUUACGCAAAUAGGACUAAACAGAACGAAGACAAUUCCAUGGAGAUCGCUAUUCCUGCCAAAUACCAUAAUAAUAAAGCGACUGACUCAAGUGACGAUGCUCAGAAAUUAACGGAAAUUUGUUUAAGUUACUCAACGAUUGAUUUUAUUAAAACAUGUGCUCUAGUCAAAUCGUCUGCAAAUCAUUGUGAAUUUGAUUGCGAUGCUGAUCCCGAUAACGAAGAAUCUCGAAUAACGCGACACAGUAAAUGUGUUCGAAAGGCAUACUCGAUAAGCGAUUAGUAAACCGCCGUACAUCGAAAUAUCACGCUGGAAAAGAAGGCGAUUUUUUAUUUUUUUUUUGCGAAAACUUUAUUAUAAAAAGUGUUUAAAUGUAACGAAUUACAAAAUUAGAAAUGGAUCUAAACGUACAGGUUGUUAUGUAGUUAUAAAAGGACAUGUUACACGAAACUAGUCAAGUCUCCAUGAGUU